GUUUCGUCAAUGUACCAAACCUAAACAUGCCAAUCAUCUCACAUACACGUUACUCCAAUUCGAUCUUGUAAAUAACCCAUCAUAAGUAGGUAAUCAAUAUCACAUUACAAGACGAAAUUCAUCCAUGAUUCUUAUUCUUUCCGUAACAGAGAAUCAGAAUUACAACAAUUCAAAGUCACAGCAAGACAUAUCAUUACUAGUUCCGUCAGCAUGACUCUCACAAAAGGGUUUGUUUGCUUGCAGUGCAAUGCGAAUCGAUGAUGCAAGAAGGAAAGAGGAAACAUAACUGGAGGUAUCUCUCAUAGCAUCACCAUUCCAUACCUUUACUUGUUCGCUUGAGAAAUCUCGAAAAUUACUAGCUCAUAACAGGUGCCGACUUCUUGUUUGCUUCUCGGUAACACCGAUGAACCUACCCCACCUUUUACCCACUUGGAUUGCAUAAAGCUGGUUUGUUGGUCGCAGUGGCGAAACUUGUCCCCUUCUCCACGAAUCAAACGUGUCUUCAGCUGAUCAGCCAAUUAUCGGACUCCACUACAUUCCAGUUAGCGAGCUCUUCUUUUCUGUCCACUAAACACUUUUCGGCAUUACCAUUACAUUUCUACUUAGUGCGAUGCAUUUUAUUACGCAUUGCUGUAUGCUCUUUCCACUUGUAUCUGUAUUUGUGUGUUAACGUUUGUUGCAUUCCCUUGGCUUGAUCACUAUAGACAUUGUCAAAUAUAUGAUAUCGUAUUCGUAGAGCUCUUAAAGCGAUCGCUUGGAGGAAUGCUAGUCUUCUAGUGUUCCGUUGUUAAUAUAUAUUGAUUUUCAUUUUUUAUUGAUUUUCUUUGUUUGAUAUUGUUGGAUUUGUUCUUAAUGGACUUGGUGUUGGAUGUGUCUCUCAACAAAGAGGUUUAUUCUUCUGCCUUUCAGUUUACCACACAAAUUAGUACACUACAGGUAUUGUUUACAUUUUUCAACGCACACCGUUGUUGCAUUCAUAAUUAGAACGAGGCCUUUUUUUUUCUUUUCUUUUUUAUUACAAGAGUUGGCAGAUUGAUUCUUCGGUUUCGUUUUGAAAUUUCUUCCAUUCUUUUUGUAUUCAUCACUUUCUUCGUAUCUUUGCUAAAUAUAUCUGUCUGGCUUGUUUUUCCCCCAUCAAGUUGUGGAAGGAAAUUUUGUGACUUAUAUUUUUUCUGAACCUCCUAAUAUUGUUUCGCUUUUGUGGAGUCGCUUCUGUGAAGCAUGUCUGCUGUUCGAACUUCUGUAUCCUGCGAAGAAUUAAAUCAACUCCAGCUCGGCUUAACUCAGCAGACCUUUAAUCACCAAUAUUCGAGUAUAUACUUCGCGCGAUUAACUGCGCUUCGUCCAAAAGUCGUCAGUGCCGCUCGGAAGAAAUGGCCAAACCAUCUUGAACUCGACCGCGUUUUGGAUGUAAGAAAUGACCAGAAUUGCUGGGUCGUCGGUACGGCGUAUAUGACCUCUAAAUUAAAGCCUAAUGUUAUGGACGAUGUCACUCAACUUCACACCAUCAUUACUGCUUCCGAGGAUUCACCCUAUGUCUCUCUCGAAAACGGUAACUCAGACGAAAUCCAGUAUUCCCUUGAGGACAACUAUGGUCGUGUUGAUUGUACUGGAUCGCUUAUGUAUGAUGUUGGUGUCGUCACUGGUGUUGUUAUGGCUGCUCUUGGUCAUGAGGAUGAGGCGGGUCGCUUCGUCGUUAUUGAUGUAUGCUUUCCCGAAUCUCUCUCCAAUAACGACACCAUUCCUAUGACAAUAGACUCUAAACAGGAGGAAUCUCCAGAGUUUAUGGCAGUCGUCAGUGGCUUAGGCCUUUCUAACGAUGGUAUUGAGGGAAUUGGUCUGCACCAAAUCAUCGAGUACUUGCGUGGUGCUCUUCCAUCCAUGAGUUCUACCUUUGAUCCUAGCUCCAUCAAACGGUUGAUGAUCCUUGGCAAUUGUCUUGCUCCUGCGAUAGAAAUUUCUGACUCAUCGACUCCUUCUGUCCCAGUUGGGAAAAAGAAAGUAAAGCGCUACGGAUACGAUACUUCAAGCUAUAAUCCCAAUCCAACAAUACAAUUAGAUACUCUUCUAGAUCAACUUUGUGCUACAAUAGAUGUAACCUUGAUUCCUGGUCCCUAUGAUUAUAGUACAAAUAUUCUUCCUCAGCAACCUCUACAUCCAGCACUGCUGCAGAACGCGAAGGCAUGGAUUGGAAAUUCCUUGCAAACAACAACCAAUCCUACCUGGCUUUCUAUUAGUGAUAAUCUGACUCUUGCAAGUAGUGGCCAGAAUAUCAAUGAUCUUCGAAAAUAUCACCCUCAUAAAUCAUCUUUGCGAUUGAUGGAAAACACCGUCUUAUGGAAUCACAUAACCCCUACUAGUCCCGAUACCCUAUGGUGCUAUCCCUUUACUGAUCGAGAUACCUUCGUUAUGGACGAAUUGCCAAAUCUUUAUUUAUGUGGAAAUCAACCAAAAUUUGGAACGAAAAUUAUUAAUAGUGAGACAAAAUCCAUCCGACUCGUGUCUGUUCCAGAGUUCCGUAAAACUGGCAUUAUAACAUUGAUUAACUUGAGGAACUUGGACGUACAGGCGUUAGUAUUCCCCAGAAAAUUAGACAGUUCUGAACUGACUACGCCAAAUGUUUGAUAAUAACAAUAAUCAGGUAGACGUAUGGGAAAUUUGGGAUAUCUUCUUAGCCUUUUGAUUAAAGUUUCGGAUAAUGAUAAAUUUAUAAUGAAUGCUAGUGUCUUUUUUGAAAUAAAUGAUUCUUUUGUUUUUUUCCGAGAUUAAAUUGAGUAGCGAUGAAGGUAUCCUUCGCAUCAUGGAAGCUGCGACUUUCUUUAGCAACACCCAAUUGGUCCAAAAGUUCUUCGGAUUUUUUUGGCAUAAUGCUUUGAAAAAGAAUAGCACAUAUACGUAGCGUAUGAGCUGUGAGCAUCAGAAUGUCUGUUCGGGUGGACGAGUUGCUGUCCAAAUUCCAAGGCUCACUUUCUUGAAGUAACUUAGUGAUGGAACGCAAAGUAUUUUGUAUGUUUUCAAUCAAAUUAAACACUUGUCCUUGGUGCACACAAGCAGCACAAGCGUCUGGAAGUUGAGAUAGGUGAUUCACAAACUCUUGAUAUUUUUCUCUUUGAAAUAAGGAUGGCCAUUCUUUUUGAGUUUCUUCA